AUGUGUCUGGCCAAGGAGGAGGUGGCCGGGGAGUGUCUGGCCAAGGAGGAGGUGGCCGGAGAGUGUCUGGCCAAGGAGGAGGUGGCCGGGGAGUGUCUGGCCAAGGAGGAGGGGGCCGGGGAGUGUCUGGCCAAGGAGGAGGUGGCCGGGGAGUGUCUGGCCAAGGAGGAGGUGGCCGGGGAGUGUCUGGCCAAGGAGGAGGUGGCCGGGGAGUGUCUGGCCAAGGAGGAGGUGGCCGGGGAGUGUCUGGCCAAGGAGGAGGUGGCCGGGGAGUGUCUGGCCAAGGAGGAGGGGGCCGGGGAGUGUCUGGCCAAGGAGGAGGUGGCCGGGGAGUGUCUGGCCAAGGAGGAGGUGGCUGGAGAGUGUCUGGCCAAGGAGGAGGUGGCCGGGGAGUGUCUGGCCAAGGAGGAGGGGGCCGGGGAGUGUCUGGCCAAGGAGGAGGUGGCUGGAGAGUGUCUGGCCAAGGAGGAGGUGGCCGGGGAGUGUCUGGCCAAGGAGGAGGUGGCCGGGGAGUGUCUGGCCAAGGAGGAGGUGGCUGGAGAGUGUCUGGCCAAGGAGAAGGUGGCUGGAGAGUGUCUGGCGAAGGAGGAGGUGGCCGGACAGUGUCUGGCCAAGGAGGAGGGGCCGGAGAGUGUCUGGCCAAGGAGGAGGUGGCCCGGGGAGUGUCUGGCCAAGGAGGAGGUGGCUGGAGAGUGUCUGGCCAAGGAGGAGGUGGCCGGAGUGUAA